CAACAGAGCCGCUUCAGCUCCAGAGGUUCGAAUUGUUACCCUCUGCUCUUCUUGUGCCACAGACCUCCCUGCGGCUGCCAGCUUGUUGUUGCCGUGAUCUUUCAUCAACCUGCGGAUUCGGCCAGCCGCCGUAUUGCCCCCGCACCUCGGCGACUUCUUUUUCACUUUUUUCGCUUGGCGCCUAUUUACAUCAUAGUUCGACUUAUUCUCUAAUCUCGCGCUUCAUAAACUGCCGCCGGCCAUACACCUGCCUCCCCACAACUUCCUCAAUUCUCAACAUUGUCACGCACGGUUUCACUGCUCACCUCACAGAUUCGACCGCAUUGGAGGAGAACCCUAUCAUCGAUAUAGCGACCACCCGCCUGAAGAGCCACUUACCCCGGACUUACAACCGCCAACCACCAUCAUCACCGUCAGCCGACUGACGUCUCAGGGAUCGGUUCGCCAAAAUGGCGUUCGUGGGGAGCACGGCCUUUACGGCCUAUGACCGCACUGAGCAGUCGAGCGGUGCCCCUCUCGCCCGCGCCCGGUCCGAGCAGGAUGUCAUUGACGAGGCUGCCAAGGGCACAAACACAUCUGGCGACUCGUCUCAUCGCGAGUUCAACCCAGCUUCCGGCGACGAGACACAAGUAGAGGACGACUCGGAGCUUGAGCGUAGAGAGUCGAUUGUCCACGAGCUCGCUCGGCGGUAUACAUCACACUCCCAUCGUGCCGGCAGUGUCAACCCCUUCCUCGAGACGGCCGAGGAUUCUCCCGUGAACCCGGCCUCCCCAAACUUCAAUGCCCGGGCUUGGGCCAAGGCGUUUGUCGCCAUGUCGGAGAACGACGGAUCCCUCUUCAAGUCUGCCGGCGUCUGCUACCAGAACCUGAAUGUGCACGGAUUUGGCCAGACCACUGACUUCCAAAAGAGUGUUGGCAACAUCGCUCUGGAAGGCGUGGGUUUGGUCCGCAAGCUAGCCGGUCUGAGCAAGCCCACCAAGAUCGACAUCCUCCGCAACUUUGACGGGUUGGUUCGGAAGGGCGAGAUGCUGGUGGUCUUAGGCCCGCCCGGCUCCGGAUGCUCGACUUUCCUCAAGACCAUUUCCGGAGAGACCAAUGGUAUCUACAUUGACGACAAGUCGUAUUUCAACUACCAGGGUAUCUCUGCGAAGGAGAUGCACUCCCACCACCGCGGUGAGGCGCUUUACACCGCCGAGGUCGAUGUCCACUUCCCCAUGUUGACCGUCGGCGACACCCUGACCUUCGCCGCCAGGGCCCGCGCCCCGCGCUCGCUGCCCGAUGGCGUCGACGCCGACACCUAUGCCGAGCACCUCCGCGAUACGACCAUGGCCAUGUUUGGCAUCUCGCACACAGUCAACACACGUGUCGGCAACGAGUAUGUUCGCGGUGUCUCCGGAGGCGAGCGCAAGCGUGUCACCAUCUCGGAAGCUGCUCUCAGCAGAGCACCGCUGCAGUGCUGGGACAACAGCACCAGAGGUCUCGACAGCGCCAACGCUGUCGAGUUCUGCAAGACCCUGCGCACGCAGACCGAGCUGUUUGGUACAACCGCCUGCGUUUCAAUCUACCAGGCGCCCCAGAAGGCCUACGACUGCUUCGACAAGGCCCUCGUUCUGUACGAGGGACGCCAGAUCUACUUUGGCCGCGCAGAUGCCGCCAAGCAGUACUUCAUCAACCUCGGCUUUGAGUGCCCUGCCCGUCAAACGGUUCCCGACUUCCUCACGUCCAUGACCAGCCCCCUGGAGCGCGUCUAUCGCGAGGGUUUCAAGGGACGCGCCCCGCGCACGCCUGACGACUUCGCCAAGGCAUGGCAGGAGUCUGCAGAGUACAAGGCUCUGCAAGCCGAGAUCGAGGUGUACAAGACUGAGCACCCGAUUGACGGCCCAGAUGCCUUGGCCUUCCGCACGGCCAAGCGUGAGCAGCAGGCCAAGGCACAGAGAGCAAAGUCGCCAUACACUCUGUCAUUUGGCCAGCAGGUGAAGCUUUGCCUGUGGCGUGGAUUCCGCAGACUUAUUGGCGAUCCCAGCUUGACUGUGGGGGCACUCAUUGGCAACGUCAUCAUGGCACUCAUCAUUGGCAGUGUGUUCUACAACCUGGACCAGACCACAUCGAGCUUUUUCCAACGUGGUGCCCUCCUCUUCUUCGCCUGUCUGAUGAACGCUUUCGCCAGUGCUCUCGAGAUCCUGACACUCUACGCGCAACGACCCAUCGUCGAGAAACAUAGCCGCUAUGCCUUGUACCACCCCGCUGCCGAAGCCGUCGCUUCAAUGAUCACAGAUUUGCCCUACAAAGUCGCCAACUGCAUUGCCUUCAACCUUGUCCUGUACUUCAUGACAAACCUGCGGCGGGAGCCUGGCGCUUUCUUCUUCUUCCUAUUCCUCUCCUUCAUCACUGUCCUGGUCAUGAGCAUGAUCUUCCGCACCAUUGCCUCCGGCUCGAGAACCCUGUCUCAAGCCAUGGUACCCGCUGCCGUCCUCAUUCUCGACCUCGUCAUCUUCACGGGAUUUGUCAUUCCAAUCGCCUACAUGCCUGAGUGGUGUCGCUGGCUCAACUACGUCGACCCUCUUGCGUACGCCUUCGAGUCGUUCAUGAUCAACGAGUUCAGCGGACGGCAGUUCCAGUGCAAUCAAUUUGUGCCCAGCGCCUUGGUUCCCGGCUUCGAAAACAUUUCCGACCAAUAUCGAGCAUGCAGCGCCGUCGGCAGCGUCCCUGGGCAGCCUUUCGUGGACGGUGACACCUACAUCACGAGCGCCUACCAAUACCAGGCAGUGCACAAGUGGCGCAAUGUGGGCAUCAUGUUUGCCUUCAUUAGCUUCUCCUUGAUGACCUACAUUGUUGCUGCCGAGCUCGUCUCGGAGAAGAAGUCCAAGGGCGAGGUGCUCGUCUUCCGUCGUGGCCACAAGCCCGCGCAGUUCAAGGAGCGCAAGGGCGACGAUGAAGAGGGUGCCAAGGUCGGACCUGUCAUCACCAAUGCAAGCCGCGCUCGUGCCGAGAAGGGUGGUGCCAACAUCCACGCCAGCGAGAGUGUUUUCCACUGGAACAAUGUCUGCUAUGAUGUCAAGAUCAAGAAGGAGAACCGUCGCAUCCUCGACCACGUUGAUGGCUGGGUCAAGCCGGGUACUCUGACUGCGCUGAUGGGCGUUUCUGGAGCUGGAAAGACCACCCUCUUGGAUGCGCUUGCCAGCCGUAUCACCAUGGGUGUUAUCACUGGUGAGAUGCUGGUUGAUGGCAAGCUUCGAGACAACUCUUUCCAGCGCAAGACUGGCUACGUGCAGCAACAGGAUCUCCACCUAUCGACCUCUACCGUUCGCGAGGCGCUCAACUUUUCUGCCCUACUCCGCCAGCCCGCGGACGUCCCGCGCGAGGAGAAGCUUGCGUACGUCGAUGAGGUUAUCAAGCUACUUGAUAUGGAAGAAUACGCCGACGCCGUCGUCGGUGUCCUCGGAGAGGGUCUCAAUGUCGAGCAGCGCAAGCGCCUCACCAUCGGUGUUGAGCUGGCCGCCAAGCCACCAUUGUUGCUCUUUGUUGACGAGCCCACCUCUGGCCUCGACUCGCAGACUUCAUGGGCCAUUCUCGACCUGCUUGAGAAGCUGACCAAGAGCGGCCAGGCUAUCCUCUGCACCAUUCACCAGCCUUCUGCUAUGCUCUUCCAGCGUUUCGAUCGCCUGUUGUUCCUGGCCAAAGGCGGCAGGACUGUUUAUUUUGGCGAUAUUGGCGAAAACUCCCGGACCAUGACCAAGUACUUUGAGCGCCACGGCGCUCCGGCUUGUCCUCCAGACGCCAACCCUGCCGAAUGGAUGCUUGACGCCAUUGGUGCUGCUCCUGGCAGUCACACCGACGUCGACUGGUUCCAGACCUGGCGGGACAGCGAGGAAUACGCUGCGGUGCAAGCCGAGUUGCAGCGCCUCAAGGACGACGCUCCGGAUGGUCCUGCCGCCACGGAAGAUGACCAGUCUUUCCGCGAGCACGCUGCCCCUUUCUUCAAGCAGCUCACCACUGUCACCCACCGUGUUUUCCAGCAGUACUGGCGCACGCCGUCGUACAUUUAUGCCAAGGCUGCUCUCUGCAUCUCCGUCGCCCUCUUCAUUGGUCUCGUCUUCUUGAACGCUCCCCUCACUCAGCAGGGUCUUCAGAACCAGAUGUUUGCCAUCUUCAAUAUCCUCACGGUGUUCGGCCAGCUUGUCCAACAGACCAUGCCUCACUUCGUCGUCCAGAGAAGUCUAUACGAAGUUCGCGAGCGCCCGUCCAAGGUGUACAGCUGGAAGGUAUUCAUGCUGUCGCAGAUCAUUGUGGAGAUUCCCUGGAACACUCUCAUGUCUGUGUUCAUGUUUGUGUGCUGGUACUACCCUGUCGGUUUGUACAAGAAUGCCGCCUACUCUGGUGCCCAGACUGAGCGCGGCGCUCUUGCCUUCCUCUUCAUCUGGGUCUUCCUGCUCUUCACCUGCACAUUCACAGACAUGAUUAUUGCUGCUUUCGAGACGGCCGAGGCCGGUGGCAACAUCGCCAACCUCUUGUUCUCCCUCUGCCUGAUCUUCUGCGGUGUCCUCGCCGGCCCUGCAAGUCUCCCUGGCUUCUGGAUCUUCAUGUACAGGAUCAGUCCCUUUACGUAUCUGGUGUCUGGUCUUCUGUCGACGUCGGUCGCCAAUGCCCCCGUCACGUGUGCAGAGAACGAGUUCAUCAAGUUCAACCCGCCGCCGUCCUCCACGUGUGGAGAAUACCUGGCCAGCUACACGGCUGUGGUGGGCGGAGAGCUGCAGAACCCGGACGCCACAUCAAACUGCUCUCUAUGCCAACUCACCGACACCAACGCCUUCCUGGCUCAGGUCAACAUCUCAUAUGAUGACCGGUGGCGCAACUUUGGCAUUAUUUGGGCGUUCAUCAUCUUCAACAUCUUUGGCGCCCUCUUCCUGUACUGGCUCACUCGCGUGCCGAAGGGCAAGAAGUCUGCCGAUAAGACCGACGCCAAGAAGGGCGGAAAGGCUGUCCCGGAGACGUCCAGAGAGAAGACGGCAGACUCUACUGGCAGCAGCAACGCUGCUGCUUGAGCGCGACGAGUCCGGAUCGUCUGCAAAUUUUCCGCGUAUAUACUAUCUGUUUAAUAUCUCGUUUAGAUCAUGUGCACCAUUUCCAUUUUUUUUAUAGAUUAUAUGUGUCGGCGUUUGGGAUACAAUCUUUUAUAGGUCUCAAGAGUUCCAGGCCUGUCAGAAAGCAGUCUAGUGUUUGGUAAAUGAUUUAGAGAAACCAUCUUUUACAAGUACAACACCGCUUCUUCCCUUUGAUCUG